AUGUCUUACGAAGUGCCCCCUGGACGCCCAGGUAACCUGACUCCCGAACAAGAAGAGAAGCUCCGUAAGCUAUGGGUUGCCAUCUUCCAACUUACUGGUGUAGCGGAUGGGGACAGUUCUGGCGUCGAGAUUAUCUCUCCCAAGGACGAGGCGAGCCCGGUGGAUGCUGAUCCUAAGAAGAAGCGCGGAUUUGGAAUGUUCAAGAAGGGCAAAUCCGGUACUUCGACGCCGACUGAAGCCUCUGCUGAAGAGGACAAGUACAACGAGACCAAGCAAUAUCAUGAGACUUUGGCGAAGGAGACUCCUGAGACCAUUCGUCAUACUAUCUGGAGUAUGGUGAAGCACGACCAUCCUGAUGCUCUUGUUCUGCGCUUUCUCCGAGCACGAAAGUGGGACGUCGAGAAGGCCCUCGUGAUGCUGGUAGCAACUAUGAACUGGAGACACAACGACAUGAAAGUGGAUGAUGAUAUCAUGAAGAAUGGAGAUGCUGUUGCGGUCGAGGAUGAGAAGACUGAUUCCCCUUCCAAGCAAGUUAGCGCCGAUAUGAUGAAGCAACUUCGAAUGGGAAAGAGUUUCCUGCAUGGCACUGACAAGCAAGGCCGACCUAUUUGCGUUGUCAGAGUGCGCCUCCACAAGGCUGGCCAGGAGUGUGAAGAAAGUCUGGAAAAGUACACGGUCUAUAUCAUCGAAACGGCUCGUAUGACUCUCGAGCCCCCUGUUGACACUGCUUGCAUCGUAUUUGAUAUGACGGGUUUCUCCAUGGCGAACAUGGAUUACACGCCAGUCAAGUUUAUGAUCAAAUGCUUUGAGGCCAACUACCCAGAGUCUCUUGGCGCCGUUCUAGUGCACAAAGCUCCCUGGCUUUUCCAAGGCAUCUGGAAGGUUAUCCGUGGUUGGCUUGAUCCUGUUGUGGCAGCCAAGGUUCAUUUCACUAACAACCGAACCGAGCUUGAGGAGUACAUUGCGCCGAACCAUUUGAUCAAGGAGCUUGAUGGCGACGAGAACUGGGAGUACAAGUAUGUCGAGCCUGUCGCUGGUGAAAAUGACAAGAUGAAAGACACCCAAACCCGGGAUCUUCUUUUGGCUGAGCGUGAAGAGGUGGUCAAGAAAUUUGAGCAGACGACCAGGGACUGGAUUCGUCAUCCAGAGGGCGAACAAGGUAAAGAGCUCAAGGUUGAGCGUGAGAAGAUCUCCAAGCAGUUGAAGGAGGGUUACUGGGUUCUCGACCAGUAUAUCCGGGCACGAACAUUGUACGAUAGACAGGGAGCCAUCCAGAGUGGUGGCAAGACUGAUUGGUAUUCCUUGAAGCCCCCAACUGCCGCAGCCGGCACAUCUGCAGAAGAUUUAGACUAG